ACAACAAGGAAGCUGGAGGCUAUAAAGACAGCCGCUCCGACUGAGACUCUCAGUCAUCCUGCAGGUGGGACGAGGCUAUACGCUGGCAGCUUCGGUGAAAUCAGUAAUCAUUCAUAUUUCAUCUUCAAACGGCUUACAUCGAGACAAUGUGUGACUUCGACCUGUCUCAAGCUUUGGAUGGCUCACCGGACUGUGAUGAGAAAGGAUUUGAGUCCUGCUGCUGUGACAGGACGGACAUUCAGGAAGAGUUCUUCCCGCUCGACGAGGGACUGAACAUGUUGGUUAGCCGCAAUCGAAAGACCCUGCAGUCUGUGGCUAACCUGCUGCUGGCGGUGAACAGGAUGAAGAAGUCGCUGACGCGCUGCGACAGCGAGCUCAGCGACGAGGAGCUCUGCAGCGCCAUCAUGGAGAGCCUGGUGACCGUAACAAUCGUCACGGCGACCGAGGCUUCGUCCACAGGCGUGAAGAGAAUAUUCCAGCGCCUCAACAGCGGUCCUCUUCACACACUGUGUGACCAUUCACAGAAAUACAUCGUCCAGGCGUCAGGGGGGUUAAAGCUGCAGGCCGUGACUCUGCAGGGAGGAAACGGAGACAAGAAAGUGAACUUUAAGUUGUCGCAGUACAUCACUCCCGACGUCUCGGCUGAUGAAGUCGGGGCCGUCCUCCUGUCCAUCACCAACACGCUGCACAUGUCCUGCUGCAUGAAGGACGGGAAGGCUGUGCUCAGUCUGGAGGAACGCAGCAAGGAGGAUUUAAAGAAGAUCAGCGCCGACGGAGACAUGGACCGGUUCCUCUUCUACCAGAAGACCACGGGCAGGUCUCUGACCACGUUCGAGUCCGUCCGGUGCAAAGGCUGGUUCAUCAGCACGUCCCACGAGGCCGAAUACCAGCCGGUGGAGAUGUGUGAACGGGACGACGCCCGCCGCCUCACCCACUUCAAAGUCAUCUGAAAAGUAUAUUGCUGUUAAACAGUUUGAAUGUAUCCAGAAUUAUGCAAAGAUAUGCGUGUAUUUUACAUGUAUUCUGCUUCGCCACUAGAUGGAGCAAUCAUCUGUAAUGUUCUCUGCAGCGAUAACACUGUUGAUUUCACUAAAGAUAGUUUAACAUUAUAGUAUUUUCAGAUAGUUUCACUAUUUAUCUUUAUAGUAAUUUCAGAUAUUUAAACUUAUAUUUGACUAAAUGAUUUGGACUAACUGAAUGUAUCUCCUUUUGAUAGGGAAAAUUGUAAUAGGAUAUUCCUUAAAACUACUGAUUUUAUAUUUGUUAUUAUUGUUCAUUAAGUUCAGUUUAUUUUUCUAUUUAUCUGUUUGUUAACACAAAUGUUUUUUUGUGGGUUUUGUUUUGUUGAAACCGGAAAAUUAAAGACCUGAUUCUGUAAAACAAGUUUGAAAGUGUAACGGUGUUAAAAUAAUAUGAAGCGUUGUGCGUUUUGUUGUGCAUUUUGUGUGUUUGAAUGACAUGUUGAUACUUGUUUUUGCAAAACCUACAAUAAACAUGAAGUUAUUCAGCGCC